AUGAAAAAGGCUAUUUUAAAAGAAAACACAGGUGAUAUGUACAUAGGACAAUCUAUAGAUCUGUCCAAAAGAUUUAGAAAAUAUUUUACAAUUAGCUAUAUAAAAAGUAGAAAAGAACUUAUUAUAAGUAGGGCUUUAAUAAAAUACGGAUAUGCUAAUUUUUCUGUAUCCAUAUUGGAAUAUUGUGAUAGAUGUGACCUAACUGCUAGAGAGCAACACUACCUAGACAAAUUCAAUCCCCAGUAUAAUAUUUUAAAAAUAGCAGGUAGUUCUUUAGGUUUUAAACAAUCAGCCUCGGCAUUAAAAAUAAGUAAAGCAUUGAAAGGUAUUUAUACUGGAGACAAAUCUGCUCUAUUUGGUCGUUUCCACACAGAAGAGACUAAGAAAAAAAUGAGUUUAAGUAAAGCAGGUGAAAACAACCCUCUAUAUGGAAAAACCCACAAUGAGGAUACUAAAGAGCUUAUGAGACAAAGAGCUUUAAAUAGAAAACAUUCAUGUGAAACUAAGGAUAAAAUGAGUAAAACACAUGGAAACCCUGUUAAUAUUUAUGAAAAAUCUUCUUCAAAAGGGUUUGAAUUAAUAGGUAGUUUUGUUUCAGCUAGAAGAGCUGCAAAAUUCUUAGGUAUCAGUGGUAGUACUGUUAUUAGGUAUAUGCAGUCAGGGGCUAUAUUUAAAGACAGAUAUAAGUUUUCAUCUAAAUAA